GCUCCAGUCCUGCAGGCGGCAGCCGUGAACCAGUGAGCGCAAGGACAGCACGCGCUGCACCAGACGAAGUGCACACGGACAAAGCGGACGUCCGAGUGCGCGACUUCCUUUCUCUUCCGCAGCUCGCGACGCCUCAGCAUGCCGCCCAAGGACACGAAGCAGAAGAAAGAUGCGGGCAAGUCCAAAAAGGACAAGGAUCCCGUCAACAAAUCCGGAGGCAAAGCUAAGAAGAAGAAGUGGUCCAAAGGAAAGGUUAGGGACAAGCUGAACAACCUGGUCCUCUUUGACAAGGCCACAUAUGACAAACUGUACAAAGAAGUUCCCAACUACAAGCUCAUCACACCAGCUGUGGUGUCUGAGAGGCUGAAGAUCAGGGGCUCGCUGGCCAGGGCUGCCCUGCAGGAGCUGCUCAACAAAGGUCUGAUCAAGCUGGUGUCCAAACACAGAGCUCAGGUGAUCUACACCAGAAACACCAAGGGCACUGACGAGGUAGCUCCAGAGAAAGAGGCAUAAUAUGAUUGCACCUUGGAUUGAGUUAUGGUCUUUUGUAUAGGUAAAUAAACAACCACAAAAUGAAA